AUGGCAAAUGUCCAGACAGAACUCACAGAUGGAGUCGGGUCCAAGAACCUAAAGCACGUCGAUUACAUGGAGCAGAUUCCGGGCGUGGACCGGCACUUUCUGAACCGCUGCUACAAUGCUGUAGACUCCCAGAUAGUCCGCAGCCAAGGCCAUGCAGCACAGCUGCAAUACCGCCAAAGCAUGGUGACUUUCACCAUGGCCCUUCGUAAGCUGGCGAAACGAGUCUGCCUGAUGCCGGAAGAGAGGCAGUCGGGCCAGCAGAUCGACGAGAUUACCAGGACCCGAGCUUUCCUGGGUCAAAACUUCUUCGACUUGAUGGGCUUCUACGGUGUGGACGUCGUCCCUUCGGCGGCGGGCUGGACUUUUUCGGAGUCCAUGGAAGCGGAGAGGGCUGCAUCAAUGUACGAUUAA